CACUUCUACCAGCAAGUGGCGGUAAUGAACCAUAAACAUUGAAUGUCGACAACAUCCUGAAAACCAACGAAGAAGACCAACAUCCAGGUUUAGUCCUGUGGUUCAGUAUGGAGUUAUGUAGGCUGUUUAUUUCAGACACUGGGAUAAAUAAGGUUCCAGCUGUGUGUCGUCUGUAAAACAUUACAAGAAACUAGUUGCAGCUGCAGAUUAGCAACAUCAGACUUUACAUAGCAUUAAAGCUUUGCCCCAAUGGUGUCAGGAACCCACUAGAAAACUAUUAAGGAAGACUGUAGUCAGUGCCCUGACUGGGCAGAUUGUUUUUUGUUUCCCACUGGAGGCAAAUGGUUUUGAAUCAUGGAUCAAGGUGUUAUGGACAGUCCUGUUAUCCUUGUCAUCAAGGCGCCCAACCAGAAGUACGAUGACCAGACCAUCAACUGUUACCAGAACUGGACUGUGGAGAAACUCAAAGCACACCUGUCAGAUGUAUACCCAAGCAAACCAAGCUCCAAAGACCAGAGGCUGGUGUAUUCUGGGAAGCUGCUUUUGGAUCACUUUACCUUAAAAGAUGUGCUCAGAAAGCAGGAUGAGUACCAUAUGCUCCAUCUGGUUUGCGCCUCACGAACCCCUCCCAGCUCCCCAAAGCCUCCACGCAGCCGCGGUAACAAGCCUCAGGGGAACUCAACCGGUCCCACGCCCCUACAAAACUCUUAUAGCCCUCCCACUGGUCAACAUAUCCAGUCAUCUACAGGAGAGGGCAGUGAUGGACUCAGACAGCGAACUGGACCCAUCCCUGGCCAUCAUAUGUAUGCACAAUAUAUGCACAGCUGGAAUCAGUACUCCACACAGUCAAUUCUUCCCACAAACAUGCCUGCUUAUUACAACCCAAUGACACUAAUGUGGUGGCAGCAGUUGUACGCCCGGCAAUACUACAUGCACUAUCAGCUGCUGGCUGCCUCCUCUCAACACCUCAGGCCAGACCUGCCCUCGACUCAGUCUAACCAGCCCGAUCCUCUGAGCCAGCGACCUGAGGCAGAUCGCAGAGGCAACCCGGAAGUCCAGAUGAACGCCCAGGGUGGGGAGAUCCUGAAUGAGGAGGAGCUGAACAGGGAUUGGCUGGACUGGGUGUACACAUUUUCACGUGCCGCGAUCUUACUCAGUGUAGUCUACUUUUACUCCUCCUUCAGCCGCUUUGUCAUGGUGAUGAUGGCCAUGCUAGUGCUUUACCUGCAUCAGGCCGGCUGGUUUCCCUUCAACCUGGAGAAUGAACUCCUGCAGCUUCCCGGAGACAGAGCCAAUCAGGGCGACAUGGAGGGAGAGCUACAAAACCACGACUUACAAGAAAUGGAAGGAGUUAUAGAUGAUGGCUCGGAUGAUGAUGGGGAAAGCGCAGAAGAAGGAGCAGAAGAUCCAAACAGCGCCCCCCACACAGGCUUCCUGUCCUCCACGUGGUCAUUCAUUAUAACCUUCUUCAUGUCACUCAUCCCAGAAGGACCGCCAAACGCUGCUAACUGAACCACGAGCCGCCACACUUCUCCAAUUUCUUUCUUUAAGAGGAGGACGAAUAUCUUACCUGCUUAGAGAAGCUGUUUCUGUUGCAAUGCACUGUUAUAGUUUCCCACUAGUCUACUUUACUACAUAUCUAAGACUUUGAGCCAAAACACACACACAUGACUGAUUUAAGCUGAAAAGAGAAAGAUGGUCCCUUCAUGUGGAGUUUUUUGUUUGUUUGUCUGCACAAAGACAAAUGACGGGAAUAUUAGUUAACUGCUAUAUACAAGGAUUGCCUGUGAUACUUUGUAAACAUAGUCAAAACAAUAGUAGUGUCUGCCAAUGCAAUGUUUCUGUUAUUUAUAAAAAAAAAAGGCACAGUGAAAAAUAGUGUUUAACAACUAAAUCUCUUUUUUUUUUUUUGUUUUUUUUUUUUCUUUGUAAGAAGCUGCAGUAUUUGUUGAAAUAGUUUGGUUUGAAUUGUAACAUUUCUUUUGUAAUGGUAGUUGUAUCCAAACAAGACAUUUUAAAAGGGCCAUUUUUGUCCAAAAGCUGAACUUCAGCAAAUAAUCCUGAACCAUGUGAGUGAUUGUGGCGUGAGAGUUCAAAACGUGUCUGAACACAUUGUGUACAUUGUUGAAGUAUAUCCCACAGUGACGUUUGCCACAGAUAUGUGAUUUUUACUAAAGAAACAUUGUACCACAAAUUCUCUGACAGCCUGAAAGUGAGUCCUCUGCAGCCAUUAGUGGAAUGGCUCCUCCACAAAGGCCUAUAAUCUGCAAACAACCUCUAUAUGUCUGGAUAUAUUUCCAAAUCUAUUAGAAUUACAGUGAAAAUAUCAUCGCAGCUUACAAUUGACCUGUCUCGCGAUGUUAAGGAAAGUGAGUAAUAAUUUGUGGAUCUGCUCUGUGAUUCAGAUCCCCUUGAAAAAAUGUAUUGUGUUCCUUCCAUAGCCCAUGCUGCAACCUUCCACUUAGUUUCAUGAAAAUCAGGCCAGUAGUUUCUCCAUAACCCUACACACACGGCACUGAAAACACAACCUCCUUGGAGGUAAUAAAGCACUGCCACAAUUCAUGUUGGACAAAA